ACACUGACAGUACCUUCUCAGUCCUCUCACAACUCGAACUCCUUCUUCACCACCCCCACGCCCGCCACACCUUCACACACUCACUUUCACUUCGCUUCCCUUCUCUUCUCCGAUCCAUCUCUACUCCAUUUCUCCAAACCCUAACCCUAACCCUAAUUUCAAUACAUUCCAUUUAUGUAGAUUUCAUUCUUGUUUCAAAGAUUUUUUCUGAUAAUGUAGGGAAUUCAAUUGGAAAUCGAAGAUGGUUCAAAAGUGGUUCGAGCCGAUGCCGAGGAGGGCUCCGAGGAGGGUCUGGUUAGGGUUUCAAAAAUCCAUGGGUGUCCUCGUGGGUGGAAAUCACACCUCUUCCAGGUUUUGCACUCGCUAAUCGCUUCCUUCUCAAUUCUCCGUGUUCAAUUUCCACUGUUUGAUCUGAUUUCUCAAAAAAAAAAAAAUCAACACUUUCCUUAAAUUUCAAUCGAACCGUGCCCUAGAUCUGUUACUCGAAAAGCCGAAACUUGAUUAGAACUACUCGGAAAUGGAUUUCAAAGCACUGAAAUGGCAAAUCAUUCGUGGCUCAUUGGCGAGGCGUUUGAUUCUAAGAGCUUUCUUGUUUGUUCUGGCUAUGGCUAUCAUUCCCUACUUUCAAAUCGUCCAUGAUUUUCGGACAAUGGAGCCUCUAGCUAUGAAAUUUGAUGAAUGCCCACUGAGCAUUGGCUCAAACCCAUAUAUCAAUUUCACUGGAUUUUUAAAACCCGUAUCAGCAUUUAAAUUCCCCUUUCUUGGGUCACUGUUUUUCACGCCGUGUAAGGAAACUGAAAAUUUGACCAUUAAUAUGUUCAAAGAGCUUAUGGAGAAGAACUUGUUGGAUUCUAGUGGUAAAGCUCUUUGCGUUGGGGAAGGAUCGGCUUCAGCUGUCCUCGCAUUGCGAGAAUUGGGAUUCUCCAGUGCCUUUGGUGUACGUAUACACCCCUUUUUCUCGCUUUUGAGGAAACGUUUCGUGUACGAGCUCGACUUCAAGGAUAAUUAUUUCGAUUUUCUGUUCUCUAGAGCUAUUGAUAGGGUUUCUGUCCCUGCCCUUCUUGUGGCUGAGAUUGAGCGUGUCUUGCGACCUGGUGGCACUGGUGCUAUGCUUGUCGGUGGUAAUUUGUACUCGGGUAGUUUGAUAAGGUCUGCCACACCGAUUUCGUCGUUCCUGAGAAGUUCUAACGUUGUUCAUGUAUGUCAUAUUGAAUCUUUCACUCUGGUGAUUUUCAAGAAAAGAUUUGAUAAAGUUGCUUCCUUUGAACAUUACCGGCUUCCUAGUGAGUGCCCAUCGGUUUCCAACAAUAAGCCCUUUAUAAAGAACAUGGAGCCUCUUGUGGGCAAACGUUCAGGACCAUUCAAAGAAAAACUUUCAUAUUUACCUGAAUUUAUGAAUAUUUCCUCACGGAACAGGUUAAUCUAUAUUAAUGUAGGCACAGGGGAAUUUGUGAACUCCAGCGUUUCAGAAAUGUUCAAUCCCUUUUAUCCAAUCCAGCCUCAAGCUUUCAACAUUUAUGUUGUGGAUCAUGAUGUUUCUGUCAUUUCAUCUCAUGUGAAAAAACCUGGUGUCACCUUUGUUUAUUAUCCAGGCCUUGCAGGAGGCAAGGCUACCACCAGCCUCAGCUCUGAUGAGGAUCUUUGUGCACCACCAGAUGACGAAGAAUUUGAUUUUACACGUUGGUUUAGAAGAACAGUUAAAGAUGGUGACUUUGUCGUCCUUAUGAUGAAUGCAAGGGAGGUGGAGUUGAAAAUUCUCUUUGCAUUAUUUGAAAGUGGAGCAAUAUGCCAUGUUGAUGAACUCUUCCUUUGCUGCUCAGACAGUGUGGACUGCACAAAUGCUGUGUGUGGAGACUGCAUGAGCCUUUUCAGGGGUCUCAGAAACAGUGGUGUCUUUGUUCAUCGCUUGUGGGGGAACUGAACCCCCGUGGUAAGUUUGGCGAACUUUGUUUCUUGUUUUCAGAAUGUUGCUCUGUUUGGAGAGAAUAAAUGAGGUAAGUGUGGAUUGAAUAUCAUCCAAUCUACAAAUGUACCUCUGUUGUGUUGAACUAUCUUUGUUCUUUCAUGUUUGGACCUGUUUGUUUUAAGUUCCUCAUCUAUGCUAUGGAGGAAAUAUCUAUUGUGUUUUACUAUUAUGCCUACUGUGCAAUAAUUUCUAUCUUAUGUGUGAUUUUCUGAUACCUACCUAUGUCAUUGCUGUUAUAUGUAUGCUUGUUUUUAAAGUGUGAAAUUAUGUGCUGUUGAAAACAUUGGCAUAGCCUAGUUUGAAAGCUGAUUUAGAUGAAGAUUUGCAUCUUAAACACUCGAUGAA